UCUUCGAUUAACCAUGUCGAUUAACCGCAUCCUCCAACAAGCUUCUAGGUAGAACUUUUUUUUUUCUUAGCCCAUCAAAUCCAAAUCCAAAUUUGAAUUCUCCCCAAACUCUUACCUCUUCCUUCUAAUCAAUUCAACUAUAAGUAUUCUUACACCUCGAUACAGAUACGCCUUACGACAAAUAUCGAGGCAAACUAACCUAUAGGUUAUACUGCGGGGGAUUAAUUUAUUAGUAAGACGGUAGAAUCCAACUUUACUGCAUGGCCGUAAGAUCUCGCUGAAGCUCCCCUCUUGCGAAUGAAGGCCGGCAGAUUCAUUAAAAUGGCAGCUUCCAGCUCCGUCCUUGACGGUGUUUUUGGCAUUAAUAAGCCAAUGGGGAUGAGUUCCGCUCAAGUUAUCCGGGACUGCCAACAUCACUUCAACCCCUCCACAUUCUUCAAACCUAUGAUAGACCAAGAGACGGCCAACAGAUCACUAGAGUCUAAUACUAGAAGAAGACGGCGUGGAUUUGGCAAAAAUGACAUUCGAGUUAAGAUGGGCCACGGCGGUACACUUGACCCUCUGGCUACUGGUGUGUUGAUCUUGGGUGUCGGAAAAGGUACAAAAGCUCUUCAGUCAUUUUUGGACUGCACCAAGACGUAUGAGACCGUGGUGCUUUUUGGUGCUAGUACCGAUACAUACGAUAGGGUUGGCAAGAUCCUGAAAAAGGCGUGCUAUGACCAUAUCACUCGACCCAUGGUUGAGGAGGCUCUCGGUUCUUUCCGAGGCAAGUACCAACAGAUGCCGCCCUUGUAUUCGGCGUUAAAAAUGGAGGGGAAGCCUUUAUAUGAAUAUGCGAGAGAAGGAAAACCGAUCCCGCGAGAGAUUGCGACGAGGGAAGUAGAAGUUACUGAACUUGAGAUGGUAGAGUGGUAUGAACCCGGUGAACAUUCUCAUCGCUGGCCUGCUGAGGAGGCCACCACAUUUGAGCGCAAUUUCGCCGAGCAAGUUUGGAAGAUUGAAAAACAGCAGAUGACAAACAAGAAACUUACCCCGGAAGAAGAGGAAGAAGAGUCAAAAGCACUCAAGGAGCAUGAAAAUUUUAAGCGGAAGGCCGAUGAAAGUGUCGAUGCACUUGUCUACGACCGCGUUAAUAAGCGCAGGAGGCCGCCACAACAACCGCCGCUAAUGUCAGGAGCGUUGGGUGAUCUUCCCCCAGCAUCUCCGCGACCGGGAAAGGGAUCAAAUCUCAUCCCCACAUCGCCAGAUCCGAACACACCUCCUCCCUGGGAGGGCAAAGGUCCAUCCGCUGCGAGGAUACGAAUGACCGUAACCUCCGGUUUCUAUGUCAGAAGCUUUUGCCACGACCUUGGCGCAAAGGUUGGGUCCGCAGGUAUGAUGGCGGAGCUUUGCAGAAGUCGUCAAGGUGAUUUUGUCUUAGGGACUUCCAACUGUUUGGAAUUCUCGGACUUGGAAAAGGGCGAACCUGUAUGGGCACCUCAGAUAAAGGACAUGCUAGCGCAGUGGAACAGUAAGCCACGCAGUAAACCCUCCGAGGCUCCGCACAGGGCCGAGCGGAACCAAUCUCGAAAUGACUAUGGAAAGCCAACGCGAAGCUCAUCCCCAAAGAAGUCGAAAGAAUCAGAAGACACCGGAAUCUCUAAAAGCAAUCCGGAUGUUGAAAUUGAGGCGUCGGAUUCUAAGUCGCAAGUCAAGACAGAUGGCAGUUCUACAAAGGCGACACAAGAUCCCGCUCCCGCAACUAUCUUAGCAUCUCGAGAAGUAGCUAGAUCGGAUGCCAAGGGCAAAGAGGUUGAUGAAAUGUCCUGGAAUGGGUUUCCCGACACACCCGCUGAUCAAAAGUUGUAGAUGCAUCUCAACUAUUUGAGAUUGUUACCUGGUUUUAUCGAAACUAUAUAGGUACCUACUUUCGUAAGAGUAGGGGCAUCUACGGAAUAUGAAAAGCGGCGCAUUAUCGUUCACGAGAGACGUAUUGGUGCAUUAGCUUGGCGUUGGUUUGUUUACAUGCAUAUAAAGAAGCGUUUAUACCGUUUCCCAGUUAGAAAUGUGUACAUGUCUAGGUAGUUGUUGAACACGUAGCUUAACAUAGACUUGAUGGAUCACUCCAAUGACACUUUCAAAUUCGA